CUCGUAUUCGACUUUUCCGCUUAGCUCGGGACAACCUUAAAUCUUAAUUAAAACAAGUGUAUACUGCGGCAUGUAGUAAAACACUGACUACCGGAACACCGCCGGAACACCACCGGAACACCACCUAACCCUAACCCCAACCCUAACCCUAACCCCAAACCCCAAACAAAAUGGUGGUGUUCCGGUAGUCAGUCUUUUACUACAUGCCGUAUACGGCAUGCAUGCAUGCAUGUAUCAUAUACGGUAAUGUGCGUGUUUGUAUAGCCCCAGCGAGUUAACGCUCUAUAGAGCGUCUUGUUACUUGUUAAAUAGGGCAUUACUCCAAAUAUGUCACUACUCAUUAAAUACAUCUUUACUUGUUAAUGGGUUAAUUACUAAUUAGUACCUUAAUAAUUGCAUCAAAGGGGUCAAAGUGGUACUCUGGGACAUCAAUGAAGAAAAUUUGAGUAAGGUCGCUGAUGAAAUCACAGGUCUUGGUAGUCAAGCAUUCUCAUAUGUUUGUGACGUCACCAAAAAAGAUGAAGUGUAUGAAACCGCCAAUAAAGUAAAGCUCGAUGUUGGUGAUGUUGACAUCCUGGUCAAUAAUGCUGGUGUUGUUAUAGGAAAGACCCUUCUUUCUUGUUCUGAUGAGGAUAUCGAGAAAAUAAUGAAUGUCAACUUGAUUGCACACUUCUGGGUUAGUUUGUAUGUGAUGGGAAGCAUUUGUUCUUUUUUAUUGCAUGUAAACCUCCAUCAUAAUCUUUACCAUCAUCAUCACCAAUCAUAAGCAUCACCUUCAAAAUGAACAUUGCCAUCACUAUUUUCACCAGUCACCACCACCACCAAUCAUCACUACCACCCAUCCUCACACCACCAUCAUCAUCACCACCACUAUUAUCACCUUCAAAAUCACCAUAUCACUACCACAAAUCCUUAUCACUACCACAAAUCCUUACCACCACCACAUCACCACCACCACCAUCAUCACCACCACCAUCAAAAUUACCACCACUAUCAGUGUCAUCACACACCAUCAUCACUACCAUCACCACCACUGUCAUCACAACCACCAGCAUCACCUUCAAAAUCACCACCACUAUUAUCAUUGCCAUCACUAUUAACAUUAUUACCAUGAACAUGAUCACUAUCAUUAGUAUGACUAUCACCAUCACCACCACACACCAUCAUCACCACUACCAUUAUCACUACCAUCGUCACCACUACUCACCUUCAAAAUCACCAUCACCACUCACCUUCAAAAUAACCAUCACCACCACCACUCACCUUCAAAAUAACCAUCAUCACCACUCACCCUCAAAAUCACCAUCAUCACCACUCACCUUCAAAAUCACCAUCAUCACCACUAUUAUCAUGAUUGGCAUCACUAUUAUCACCAUUAACAUUGUCACCAUUAACAUUAUUUACCACCAACAUUAUCACCACAAUCACUAUCAUUAAUAUGACCAUCAUCAUCUUUAUCAUGACCACUACACACCAUCACCAAUAUAAGGGUCCUAUUUUCGCAUCCACAGACAUUAAAAGCCUUCUUGGGUGGAAUGGUUGAAAGAGAUCGCGGCCAUAUAGUGGCUUUGUCGUCAAUUACAGCUGUGUUGUGUGGACCUCGGUUAGUUGACUACUGCACUUCCAAAGCGGGUGUAGCUAUGAUGAUGGCAGCACUGAGACAAGAAAUACUCUACCAGAAAAAAUAUGGUGUUGGUUUUACAACAAUUUUACCAACAAAAGUUGACACUGGAUUGUUUGAAGGUGCUAAAGGAAGGUAGAGAAGUGGUGUUGUUUCUAUUGUAUUGUUGUUUUCUCUGUUUUAUUGUUCAAUCGUAUUCAUUUAUUAUAUUGUCUAUUGUUCCAUUUUAGUGCAUAUUAUUCCAAUUCUAUUAUUGUCUUAUCUAUUGUUACAUUGUAUUGUUAUAGCGCUUCAUUGUAUUAUGCCAUUGUUCUAUCGUUUCAUUGAAUUGUUCCAAUUGUAUUGUUCCAUUGUUUCAUGUACUAUUCCAUUGUAAUUAGUCCAUAGUUUUAUUAUGUCAUUGUAUUGCUCCCCAUUGCUCUAUUGUUUCAUUGUAUUGUUCUACAGGGUGUAUAAAAAAAAAAGGAGACCUUUAGAAAUCAACCAUAUUGUUAAAAUUUGAAUGCCUUUUCAAUUGCACAUAUGCUGAACUGUAGUGCGUGAAAUAUUGAUGGGGUGCAUAUAUUAGAAAAAGGAGACCUUUAGAAAUUGAAAUAACGUUUAAACAAAAGAUUGUCUGCUCCUGUGAACAAUCUGCCAUGCAUAUUGUACGUAGAUCGCAUGUUACGCACUCGUGGGCUUAGCAAAGUGCUCCAGGAUUCAAAUUAUAACAAUGGUUGAUUUCUAAAGGUCUCCUUUUUCUAAUACAGGGUGAGUAAAAAAAAACUGUACCUUCGCGGCUAAUUUGAAUAACAAAGGUGUCAGUUUUUUUUACUCACCCAGUACAGUAUAUGCACUCCAUCAAUAUUUCACGCACCACGGUUCAGCAUAUGUGCAAUUGAAAAGGCAUUCAAAUUUUAACAAUAUGCUUGAUUUCUAAAGGUCUUUAUACACCCUGUAUUGUUUCAUUGUAUUGUUCCAUUGUUCUAUUGUAUUGCCAUUGGUCCAUUGCAUUGUUCCAUUGUUUUAUUGUAUUGUUCCAUUGUUUAUAUUUUAUUGCUUAUUGUCAACAGUGUUCAUCAAAUGAGUUCCCUUACAGAUUUGGAAUGCUCCCACCAACGGUGAAGCCCGAAUACAUUGCAAUGAAAACAAUUGAAGCCAUUGAGAGAGAUCAAACAUACGUUGUUCUUCCUCCGUGGUUCGGUGCAUUACUUGCCAUGAAACCGUACGUUUUUUUCGUUGUUAUUUUCCAACUUAAUUUUAUUUUAGCUUAGGUGUAUUGGAACAAGUUUUUAACUUAUAUUUGGAACAAUUACACUCUACUGUAACUGUUUUGUAUCUCUUUUAAUUUAGUUUGCUGCCGCAGAAGCUGAUGGAUGUGUUAAUGAGAUUCACUGAGCUGGAUGAAGCAAUGAAGGAAUUUACUGGACACAAAAAAGAAAUUUAACGAGAAAAAUAUUUCGAGUAUGGAAUGCAAAAGAAUUAAAAAGAACAAUAUAAAUUCUGACAUGUAUUAUGUAGAGAAAUAGCAAAUUUAACUCCCAAGACAUCAAAAUAUAUUUCAAGUAUGAAUGUAGAAAUAGUAUCAUAUCUCUAUGAUUAAACGUUCUAAAGUAUUUACCAAAUAUAAAUGGCGUACAAACAUCCUUUUAUGGUGUAAUUUCGAAUAACAGACUAGACCUAAUUUAGAAUGUAAAUUACGUAUUCUGUAUUCUGGAAUUUUUUAUAGCUUAUCCAGUGCACAAAUUGUUAAAAUGCCCACGAGAAAUACCUACUCGUAGGCCUAAAUAUUCGCCAAAGUGAGACAUGGCUGUUAGGGUGCUCUGUAGCAAAACAAAGAACUGCACCUAAAUAACAAUUUGAAACGGAUACUGCACAAAAUUAGUUGGGUCAACAUAAAACAGCAACCACUCAAAUAGCCCCAAAUGUACUACCUUGCUUCCCUUCGUUCCCGCUUAUCUGAUACCUUAUAGUCCCCAUUUCUCCCCCUAGAGUCCUGGUUAUCCACUCGACGUACAUGCUUAUCCUUGAGUUUCGAAUUCCGUCGAUCUCGGCUUUUACUUCGACUACGGCGAUGAGGUGAUCGGCUUCUUUCGCGCGGUUUGCGGUUAGCGUUCGUAUCGCUUUUUGAUUUUUGCAGUUUUUUAACCGGUCGUACAUCGUCGCGUUUCUCUCGCCGACCGUCGUUAGUUUGUCGUCGUGCGAGUUUGGAUUUUCGCUUGCGGCUGUCUUCGUGCGAGCUACCGCUGUCACCGCUAUCAGAAUUGCUUUCGCUGCUCACGUCAGUUUCGGUGUCGCUACCCGAAGCACUGUGGGAUUUAUCGCUUGCAGGACUGCGCGGCCGUUUUGCCGCUUUUUGACCUUUACUAUUGUCUUUUCGCGCGAGCUGCGUUUUGCUAGAUUUCUUGCUGGAUGUCUUCGAUUCUUGACUACAGAAAAGAAUAUAAAUUUACAUGUAA